AUGUCUGCAUCCUACACUUUUUUGCAACCGGUAGUAAUACCGGCAGGCUGCCGCUCAGCCAGGACCAGAUGCCCGGGCUACCACUCCCGAAGAACCUUACGCAAUGAAGACCUAGCAAUAGCCUCUCGCAAGGAUGGCGCUACAUCAAAGUUCCUGAUGAUCUGGGGCGACCCGUCCAGUAGGCCUUCAGGCAAAACCGAACUCACCCUAAUCAAUGCCGACUUUAGCAGCGUUCAGUACUAUAGAAUAGCAGGCGCAUAUCUGCCAAAUGUCAACCAUGCGCCCCCCGAGUUUGCCGCUCACAUGAAGCAUGAAGUUCCUAGUCCUUAUGCGCACUCACCGGGGGAGACAAUGAUCAGUGAGCCUGACAUCAUGCAAGGCGAAGGCACCUACGCCUCCAGCGGCGAUUUCAUAGUAGUUCCCGAACCAGGAGGCUAG